AUGGAGCGUGGGCUAUCACUGAUAUGUGCGGCGAUUUUGCUUGCAUUUGGUACUGCUGACGAGUGCUCAAGUACAUGUGGGACACCAUCGGGUCUCGAAUUCUGUUCUUACGUAUCCUUUGCUGUCUGUGGGGGCGAUUUAUCUUAUACUGAACUUGACGAAGCUGCUCUAUUGUCUUUUCAGUCCUGGAGCAACGUUAACACUAAUACGUCUCGGCUUGCUACACUGCCACAAUACCACAAUUUUAGUCAAAAGAAGCUUACCGAUGUCGUCAAGACGCUGGACCUUACAAACAGCAGUAGCGCGUGUGGAACGUUUCUUAGUCGCAUGGAGUGCGCCGCACACUUUCCCGUGUGUGAAGUUGGUCGAGAUGUUACAAAAGUUUGCUUGGCUUCAUGCCAGACUACGGUAUAUACACAGUGUCCUGGUCUCAGUAACAUGUGCUCUACAUUUGAUGAAACAGAGGUGGAGAAAAAGAGCAACAAGUGCUUUAAAGUCGGCUACAGUGGCCCCGCUAUGGGCAUGUGGGUUGCGGGUUUUCUCAUUUCACUUGUAUUCUCUGUGCUCAACUCAGUGGGUAUCAAUCUACAGAAGUUGUCGAUGUCGCGAAAUGACACUGCGAAGACAAAAAAGACAACGUUUAAGCAGCCAUUGUGGAUGCUUGGCUUUGGCCUUGUUUGUCUUGGAUCACUAUUAGACUUUGUAGCUUUUGGUAUGGCACCACAGACGCUAUUGGCUCCACUCGCAGCAUUGUCAUUGGUAUGGAAUAUGCUCAUUGCUCCGAUCUUUCACAAGGAGAAAGUUACGCGACAGAACCUGAUUGCCACCGCAAUCAUCUUCAUUGGAGUGACACUAACAGUAAUCUUUGCUGGGCAUAGUACCCCAUCCUAUGAGCUAAAUGAUCUGAUCCACCUGUAUCAGCAACCAGCCAUGUAUGCUUAUAUUACGCUGAUUGGGUGUUUUCUCGGAGGACUCUUCACGUUUUGUCGCUACAUUGAGCGUACGCACAAUUUUGAGGAAGGACUGUUCCAUAUUAUUUGUUAUGGCGGAAUUGCAGGAACAUUUGGAGGUCAAUCUGUGCUGCUUGCAAAAUCGACAGUCGAGCUCCUGAAAAGUGCGAUCUGGGGUGACGCUGGUUUCUACAUGUUUACCCAGAUCACCUCGUACGCAAUUGUCGCUGGGAUGGGCACUUGUCUUGGGUUUCAGGUCCAUUUUCUUAAUGGUGGCCUAGCACGCUUUGAUGCACUCGUUGUCAUUCCAGUAUAUCAGAGCUUCUGGAUUCUCACGAGUGUGCUGGGUGGUAUCAUGUACUUUGAAGAGUAUGUGAGCAUGACUAGAACACAAUUGCUCAUUUUUACUGUCGGCGGGUGCGUCACCAUUUUGGGAAUUAUUGUUCUUCUUAAAACAAGACAUUCGGGUGGUGACGGUCGCUACAGCGAACUGGUGCUUACUCCAAUAUCAGCAUGGACAGUAGAAGAUUCUGAUGAAGAAAUUGAGCUCAAUUUGCCACCUAGCCACAGCCUUAAUCCAUCAAGGGGAGUAGGAACUAAAUUUUCUUCCGGGGCGGUAGUUCCUCUCGCUUUGAGCAAAGUAGCCGAUAGAGGCUUGGCAGUGAAUGCGGCCAUUUAUCGAACGGAGCCUGCUUCGACUGGUAACAGUAAUCGAAUUAGCGCAAAGAUUAAAGACUUAGAUGAAUGA